AAUAUAUACUGUAUGAUACACACAUUAUUUUUCUUCUGUUUUGUGGUGUAGGAGAGUGGAAAGGAGGAGCCAUGGCGCCAACGCAGGCGAAAUCAGGGAUCUUUGUAGGCAUUAACAGAGGUCAUGUCAUUACAAAGCGUCAGCCGGCCUUGCGCCCUUCGGCUAACAAAGGGAAGAGGAGCAAGAGAACAGAUUUUGUCAGAAAAUUGAUAAGGGAAGUGGCGGGAUUCGCUCCUUACGAGAAACGAAUCACUGAGCUGUUGAAGGUGGGAAAGGAUAAGCGGGCAUUAAAAGUGGCGAAGAAGAAGCUCGGCACCCACAAGAGGGCCAAGAAGAAGCGUGAGGAGAUGUCUAAUGUUCUCAGGAAGAUGAGGUCUGCUGGAACUACUGAGAAGAAGAAGUGAUUUUUUAUGUUUUCUUGAACAAUAUAGUUCAUUUAGUUUGGUCAAUUGGUACUCUGUAUUUUAGUCAGCGAGAAUAUGAUAAAAUAGUAGAGAUCUGCAACAAGAUUUUUGAUUGGCAUAUUUUAUUAUCAGUAUUUGCUGUAGCUGAAGAGAUUGUUUACCGGUGGAAAUCGUAUCUUUUUACUUCUUCUUUACAAGAUUUUUCAUAUUUUAUUAAGUGAAAUAUUCUAAUUGAA